GAAUCUUAUUUAAUUAGUUUCGUUUUUAUUAUUUAUUUAAUUAAUAAUUAAUUUUGCAAAUAAAUUAUAUUUUAGCUUCAAAGUCCAUUGUAGAGAGAGAAAGUGAAAGAGAAAGAGGAGAGAGAGAGAGAGAAAGAGAAAGAGAAACCAAAGCAAGGCAAGGCGAAGCAUGUUUCAUCAAUCUUUCCCGGAAAAUCUGGAGGCAAAGCCGAUUCAGAUAGAGAGAAAGUAUUAAAAAGCUAUUUUUGACCGGUGGAACGUUGAUUUAUUUAUUGGUGGAGAUGCAGAUGGAAAGAGAGAAACGAUAUCGGAAUGGGAAUGGUAAUGGAAAUGGGUUUGGAUUUGGGAAUUAUAGUAAUGAUUUUUAUUGCGAUAUUGAUCAAAAUCGGCUAGAUCAGCAGCAGCCUGAGACUAAUGGUCAUCAUAAUCAUAAUCAUCCGACGACAACUUCAACGCCUUCUCCUUCUUCUUCCUCCUCUUCUUCGUCUCAACCCCCUCUUGGCUACAUCGAACACAUAGUUACAAAAUUCGACACUCUCGCUGGUGUUGCCAUCAAAUACGGUGUUGAGGUUUCGGACAUAAAAAAGAUGAAUGGACUCGUCACAGAUCUUCAAAUGUUUGCCCUCAAAUCUAUUCAGAUUCCACUACCUGGGAGGCACCCUCCAUCCCCUUGUUUAUCUAAUGGUUCCAAUACACCAGGACCGAACAGUACAGACCGCAGCCCACCGAAGCGGAUGCACCGUGAUCUGUUCGAUUCAUUCCAAUCCCUUAAAUAUAUGUCUCCUCAGCGUCUAGUCUCACCAGCCAUGAGCUCUUUGCAAGGUUACUAUGGGCUUAAAGAAAAAAAUAGAAACUCUAGUGAUUCAAUUGAAAUGUCAGUCUACAGAAGAGGAGUUCCAAAUUAUUUAGAGGAUGAACUGUUUACAAGAGUUUCAGACCCACCUUUGAGCCACCACCACAGGAAGUCAAGAAGCCUGGUCAGUGGAUAUUUAGAUGAUAAUGGCGAAAUAGCUGAUACAUCUAUUUCAGACACUAAAGAAGGUGAAUCUGAGAGAUGGAGUUGUGACAAGCUCAUUAGAAGGCGCCAGAAAUCCGAAGCUGACUUCUCACGUACCCCCGAAAUGAUGUUGGAGGAUAAUAACAUUGGCAGCAGCGGUGGAUUUUCAGCAUCAAGAGGAAAGCACUUAGCUCUUAGACCCAAAGCAGCUGGCCGAACAAUGGCAACAGAUGAAACCGGUGGAUUGAACCCUAUACCUGUUGGCCUGGGAGAUUCAAUAUUAACUGAGGGGUUUACCGGAGUAAGGAAGUCAUCGAGUACACCUAGUUUGCAGGAUCCAGACAGUAAUGGGUCGAUCCGACCACCUUCGAAAUGGAGUCAGAAAUCUGAUAAUCAAGGCUUCUCAACUGCUUCCCUUGCAAAACCGAUAUUUGAUGGGUUGCCAAAGCCAAUUACUGGUCGAAGAAGCAAAGCUGCACUUGAUUAAUUUUUAUAAAUUUGUUUUACCAUUUUUUUCAGGACCUUUCAAGAACCAGAUAUGAUGAGUAUAUAGAAAACAAAAGAAGUGAAAGUGGACCAACCCCUAAAAAAAUAGGGAUAUAUCAAAUAAAAUCAUUCUCAAAUUAUUUUGUGAUUGGAAUUUUCUUGUACUUACAAGGUAGAGAGAGAAGCCAAGCCAAGAAGAGGUGUAGUACAAAAGCAUUAUGCAAUUGAUCACAGUUUGUUGGCAGCAUCCAUUUCAAACUAGAUUUUUUCUCAGAGAAGAUUAUUGUAUACACUUAAGAAUGUCGAUAGAUUUUCGUAUGUAUGUAUUCUAUAAAUUAUUUUGUUAUAUGUAGUUUAUCACUAUUCUUUAAUCAAUUUUCGCAAUCAAUAUAAUUUAUUGAAUUGUCUUAA